UCCAUCCCCCGGAUGAUGUGCCAAGGAUGGCUGACCUGUAUCUUGGCCAGCGGCCACGACGUGCAUAUUCUCUUUUGUGCCAGGUCAUGCAUCUCACUGGUGAGAGGCAGGGAACGCACAUUCCAGAAAUAGGUUGCAAUGAUUUUCCACCAUUUUGUUUCACGCUCGGUUUAUCCAAGAGACACUGCUUAUUGCAAACUUGCUAUAAAACCUCCUGUCGGCGGGUCGUCUGCGCAAAAUCCUUCAUCCACACUUCUUCUUCACAACAACUGUUUUAUUAUCCAAUCCCUUACAGAACUCUUUUUGCAAUUCAUCUUGACCCUUUGAAAACAACCACAAUGUGCGACUUCCAAUUCCAGCACCAGCUCCCCUACAAGGGCAACUUCGGCGUGUUCCGGCUCUACAACUACUCGUGCAACAUCUGCGGUGCCUACUUCAACACCGUGCACCAGGCCAGCGAGCACGUCCGGGCAGAGCACUUCUUCCCCGACCUUGACGACUUGUAGAUAGGCAGCAAUUGCAGAAUCACCGAUGACUCCGGUAUCAGCCACUACUGUUGAGGAUACCCUCGUGUACAGGUUCUACAGGAAGGCUCAGGCGGACCCAGUUCCUCCCUUCCUCUCCUCGAUGGUCGUGUGGAUCAGCUUAGGGAUUCCAACUCUCCCUUUCCUGUACACUCACUCCAUUCGUUGUACUAUAAUUACUCUGUGCUCAGCAAUUCCUGCACAGAUCUGUAUCUAUAAUUUGUAAAAACAAAAAAAACAUCCAAUCUCUAGAUCUACUACAAGUCGACAAGCGCUCUUUCUUUUCCGUCUGUUUCUUUCUAUCCUCUUAUUCUUCACGUUCUCUUGAAAAAAAGAAAAAAAUAAACCCAGUUUACAAAG